UUUUUUCUCUUUACAGGUCAGUAAAUUGUUUUGAAAUAAUAUUAUAGAAGCCGACAAUAAACACUUAAUGGUGAACAACUCACAUUCUCUAAUGAAUUAUAAAUUUAUUAUUUUAUGUCGGGCGAAAAUGUUUUAUAAAUGAUGCCAGAAAUUGAAUGUGACAUUGUGGCAGCCACAGCAACAACAGAAAUGGUUAGUGGAGCAACACAUGUACCAAUAUUCGAGACAACAACAGCAAGGAAUACAGUAGCACAAAAACUAUAUAACCCUCAUCAUCUACAACAGCAUACACAGCAACGACAUUAUUAUCAACAGCAAAAUCAUUAUAACGACAUUGCUAGUGGUAACUACAAGUUGCAAGAAUAUCAUCAUCAGCAGCAGCAACAACAACAACAUAAAAUGGCAACAAGUUCGUAUGUGUAUCGUAGUCCUUUAACGAUACCACCCGUAGCUACACAUACAAUGUAUGAUAAUAUCAACAUUAGCAAUAAUAGCAACAACAAUAAUAAUUUUAGCACGAACAACAAUAACAACAUUGGUAGUCAUAGCAACAACAUGUUAGAAACCUAUAAUAACAAUUAUAAUCAUACAAUGAAUUUAGCAACAACUCCACCUGCACCAUUGAGUCAGAAUAUGGUAGCAGCAACAACAACACAUAACAAUGCAACAGCAGAAGCAGUAUCACCAGCAGCAACAGGUGGUUGUGGAAUUGCAACUACAACUACACCAACAACACCUAGUCCUAAUCAAUACAAUUCAAAGGAAAAAUUCCCUGACAUUAAACAACAGCAAACAAUGAUGCCAACAGCGAACACAACAUUUUUACAAAAAUCUUUAGAGGCUCCCAUUAAACAAAUUAAUUACACUAAUGGCUAUGCAGGCAGUGGAGCAGCAGGAGGUGGCAAACAUAUAUCAACUCCUCCACCGCCACCUGUUGGAAUAUUAGCUAAAACGCCACAACAAAGGCAAUCGCACUCACCCAACGUUUCAACCGAAGCCCAUUUAUUGGCUUCAAAUAUGGUCACACCACCAUCGUGGCAUCCACAUGUCUAUGCCCGUCCACCAAAUCGACCUACUCCUCAUACAAUUGCGGAUAUUUUAGGUCUACGUGAUUGCAACAACACCUCAUUAACAACAACACUACUCAAUUCUAGGCUAACACACGAUACUCAAGACGAAUCUUCAAAUUCGUCCGCCACAAAUAUACCACCUGCCCCCGCUAAAUCACCAAAAAGUAUUUUACGAAACUUUCAACAACAAUAUUCUGCACAAAUCAAUCAAUAUGAUCAAUCUCAGCUGCGCAGUGCUUCGGUGAGUGAGACCAGCGAAGAUGAUCAGGUGGCGACAAGUAUAGCUGUUGGUUCAGAUUUGACACCAAUGGCACCUCAACCACCGCCCAUGUUGGAUCAACCGCUAAAUUUAUGUGUGGCCAAAAAAUCAAGAGAUUCUUUAUCUCCACCUCCCGUCGUAAAACAAAAUCAAAUUUUGGGUAUAACCACUGAUCGGGAGAAGACAACGUCGCUUUUGGGCAAACACCUAAAGAAAGAUUCUAGUCAAACAACUGCUAAAACUUGUGCUAAAAAGAAAAAACUUUCCUCUGUCAUAGCGCCGCCCUCAAAUGUUACAUUACCGCCUGAUGUUAGUCCCUCGGGCAGUAGUGAUAGUUUGAUACGUGAACGUUUAGCACCUUCAUCUAUGAGUACUACAUCGCCAGCAGCGAAUAUGGAAACAACAGAAGAUGAUUCGGAUUCGGGUUCAACAGAUGCUAGACGUAAGAAAAAGGCUAGAACAACAUUUACGGGAAGGCAAAUUUUUGAAUUGGAAAAACAAUUUGAAAUUAAAAAGUACCUUAGUUCGAGUGAACGAACAGAAAUGGCGAAAUUGUUAAAUGUGACAGAGACGCAGGUUAAAAUAUGGUUUCAAAAUCGUCGCACUAAAUGGAAGCGGCAAGAUAAUGUAACCAACUCUGAGGCAGCCGAAGUAAAAUCGGCAAAUCAUGGUAAAUCAACAGCAGCAGCAACAACAACGACAACAACAUCAUCAGCAACAUCUACAUCCUCAACAACUACAGCAGAUAACACAAAUGGAAAUGGUAAAACAGCGGCAACAACAAAUGGUUCAGUAACCACAACAACAUCAUCAGCAAAUGCUGAAACGAUGGUAAUGGCAACAACAACAAAAAAGAAUUCACACAAUUCACCUGGCAGCAAUAGUAGCAGCAACAACAACAACACAAAUAGUAGUAGCAACAGCAGCAGUAAUAUUGAAAGUAAACGAAAUAUUGCAAAUGAAUUAAGUGCAAAAUUAACCGCCAAACAAACGACAAAAAUCAAAAAACAAUUGAAUGCAAUACUAGAGAAAACCUCGAAAAAUGCUGCAGGCACAAAGCAUGAUAACAACAGCAAUGCAACAGCUGCAGGAGGGGUUGCAUUAAAUGUUUCCACUGCAGACAAAUCAUCAAAUAAUACAAAGGCUAUGGAUAAUGGCACAAAUGCGAAAAAACAGACAACAGCAGCAACAACAACACAAAAUAAUCAUCGUCAUCAUAAUCACCACCACCAUCAUCAUCAUCACAGUCACAAUCAUCAUCGUCAUAUACCACAUCAUCAUCAUGCAAUUCCAUUAACGGUAGAGCCUGCAGCACCCUUGGAACAGACUGAAAAAUUAGAAAUCAAACUCGAAGAAUCACCGCAACAUCGUGAAUUGCAAUUAACAUUGCUGAGAGCAGCACAUGGUCAAAGUCCACACUAUGGUGAAAUGGAUUUUGAAAGUAAAUUGGCUGCAUCAAAAAUUUCAAAUGCUUUAGCAAUGGCCAAACUAAAUGCCAGCGAAUCUACACCAUUGACCAUUAAGGAUAAAACCCAUAAAAGAACUGAAAAUACUGAUGAUAAAAAAUCUUCAAUUAAAUUAGAAAGUUCACAGAAAUCAAAUAAAACCAAUAAUGAUAAAAAUGAAACUAAACUAAUAACAACAACAGCAACAACAAAAAACAUGUGUAAAGUGGAGGAAUUGGAAGAGGAUGAGGAUAAUGACAAUGAUAAUGAUGAGGAAGAUAAGAAAAUGUUGAUUUGUGAUAAUAUUAAGGAUGAUAAAGAUCAUCAAAUGGAGUUUGAAGAUUUUAUUGAGAAUAAAAAUGGAUUAAAAACGGACAAUGAAACAGAAGAUGCUGACAACGAUGCUGAAAUGAAGGAAAUUUAAAAUUUACUCAAAUUUAAGAAUAUAAUAUUAAAAAAGAUCUUCCAGUCAAAAAAGAAAAGUUAAAUGUGUGCCAAAAAAAAAAAUUAUUUAAAGCAAAUUAAUUCUAUAAAAUAUAUAAAUAUAGACUAAGAUACCUAUUAAAAAGGAAACUUAAUACAUAAUAUGUAUUAAGGGAUUUUAAAAAAUAACUUAAUAUUUCUUAAAGGAAGCUCAAUAAUAAUAAUAUACUAAUAUGUAUGUUAAAUUAGAUAUUAAGAUAUGUACGUAUGUAUUUCUAAUAUGUAAAUAAAUUUAUGUUAUUUUAUUUUUUAUCAUAAAGAAGAAAAAAAUAAAUUAAUUACUAUUUCCAUAUGCUUUCUGUAAUAGUAUUUUCUGAUGAAAAAUAAAAGAAAAUAUAUUUGUAGUAAUACUAUUCAA